AUGUCCCCCGUGUUCAGCAUGACCACGGCCAUGAAACGCAGUCGUGAGAUUUCAGCUGCCGACGGACUUUUUCCUUUCGGCGUUUUUGCCCAAAAUGUGUGCGCUUCGCCAGAGGACGAUUCUGCCAUCAAAUCAGAGACGGAGGCCGGCCACGAAACGGCGUCCUCUGAGGAAGACCAAGACCCGGAUGAAGACUCGAGUUCCAAAGCCGACCUGACCUCCCCCAGGAAAAACGUCAGCAAGAUGAGCAAGGACAAGAAGAAACAGACGCUGCUCACGCUGCAGUGGUUGGAGGAGAACUACAUCGUGUGCGAGGGCGUGUGUCUCCCUCGCUGCAUUCUCUACGCUCACUACCUGGACUUCUGCCGGAAAGUCAAACUGGAGCCCGCCUGCGCCGCCACUUUUGGAAAAACCAUCCGACAGAAGUUCCCUCUCCUCACCACAAGGAGACUAGGAACCAGGGGACAUUCCAAGUAUCAUUACUAUGGCAUCGGCAUCAAAGAGAGCAGCGCUUACUAUCAUUCCGUCUACUCUGGGAAAGGUUUGACCAGAUUUUCUGGAAGCAAGAUGAAGAAUGAGGGCGGCUUUACCAGGAAAUACUCUCUCAGCUCCAAAACUGGAACGCUGCUCCCGGAAUUCCCGAGCGCUCGGCACCUCCUCCUGCAGGGAAACGUCUCCAGGGAAAAGAUGGACACGCUGAUCAUGAUGUACAAAACGCACUGUCAGUGCAUCCUGGACAACGCCAUCAACGUCAACUUUGACGAGAUCCAGAACUUCCUGCUUCACUUCUGGCAGGGCAUGCCGGACCACCUGCUGCCCCUGCUUGACAACCCUUUGCUGGUGGACAUCUUGUGCGUGUGCGACUCCAUUUUGUAUAAGGUUUUGACUGAUGUUCUCAUUCCCGCCACCAUGCAAGAGAUGCCCGACAGUCUGCUGGCGGAUAUCCGUUGCUUCGCCAAGCACUGGGAGCUGUGGCUGGCCUCCUCCCUGGACAAUCUCCCGCAAUGCCUGGCGGCCAAAAAGCUCCCCAUCGCGCGCCGCUUCGUGUCCUCCCUCAAGCGGCAGACGUCCUUCUUGCACCUGGCGCAGAUCGCCCGUCCGGCGCUGUUCGACCAAAGCGUGGUGAGCGACAUGGUGAGCGACAUGGACGACGUGGACCUGAACGGCAUCGGCCUGCGCUCGCCGCUCGGCGCGGCCGCCGACCCGUACUCCGACCGCGAGGCGGCGGCCGUCUUCCGGGAGCUGAAGGAACUUCUGAGGAAGAACGCGACGGUGGAGUCCUUCGUCGAGUGGCUGGACACUGUCGUCGAGCGCAAAGUCAUCCAGGCCAGCAAGCAGAGUGGUCGCUCGCUGAAGAAACGAGCCCAGGACUUCCUGCUACGCUGGAGCUUCUUGGGCGCCCGAGUCAUGCACAACCUGACGCUUAACAACGCCGCCAGCUUUGGCUCCUUCCAUCUAAUCCGCAUGCUUCUGGAUGAGUACAUUUUGCUAGCGCUGGAGACGCAGUUCAACAACGACAAAGAGCGAGAGCUGCAGAAUCUCCUGGACAAACAUAUGAAAAAAGCCGGUGCCAGUAAAGCGGCCUUUUCCGCGUCUCCCAGUUCCUGCUUCCUAGCCAAUCGCAACAAGGCCGCGGUCGACCCGUCGGUGAAGAGCGAGUCCUCGGGACGGCGAGAGGUGGAGACGGGCGAUUCCGCGGGCUCCGGUAAUAUCGCCGCCGCGCUCCGCUUUGGAAAAACCCGAUGUACGGAUUCUUCCGAUGUUGUCGUUACAGGCGGCGGCGGCGGUGACUUUUGCGCUUCCGUCAUGACGCCGCCGGUUUCCCCGGCGGAGCUGGCGCACCGAGGCUCCGUCAUCAACCAGGGGCCCCGGGCCCCGACUAGUUUCUCCUCGUCCUCUUCCUACCAGCCCGAUCUCUUCCAGGAGACCUUAUACCCGUGCUCGCCGUACUUCCCGACGCCAUCCUCCGCCUACCAGCCUGCGCUGAGGUCCGAGGCGGACGGCGCCUUUUCGUCUCCGUCCGCCUACCAGCUGUGCCGUUACGCCGCCCCCGAGGAGCGGCGUCCGCCGUCCGCCAAGGACGUCUUCUACGCCGAAGCCCAUCCCUUCUCGCAGGCUCCGAUUCUGGACGCCGCCGACGGAUUUUCCUUUGAACACGAGCGCGGGGGCGAGGGACAAACGUUUUCUGCUGCUGGACAAAGCGCCUACUUCGGAAACGUGGCCUACGCGACAGAUGAGCGCUCGCCGUACUCGGACGUGCGCGACCCAUUGGACAUCCUGGACAGACCCGGCAGGAAAAGCGGUACCUUCUUCAGCGACGUCCAACACGCGGCUGGUUCGUCCGCCUGCAUGUAUGGCGGCGGCGGCGGCUCGUCUUGGCCGUUCUCGCCGCGGGACGCUUCGCCCUGCCGGCGGCGGGACAACGUUUCUUCGCUGCCUCCCAUCCACACCGUCUUCACGGGCGCCCCGGGGGUUCCGUGA